AUGCCUGCUCCUGAAGACCUGGCUUUCCUCGCUGCGCUACGCAACCUGCUCUCAGCAAUUGAAGCCCUUCUGAUCGCUUACACUCACAAACCCUCUGCAAUCUUCUCUUCUCCGCUGCGCGGUCGAAGGCAUCUUGCUUUUCUCACCACAUAUGUCUUUGGACUCUGUCUGGGGAGGAUGAAUGACUGGCUUGCCAAAAGGCUUGGUACUGGCCAAAUCAGCACCUUGGUAGGUGAGAAAUUUGAUACGAGCGGGACGAGCGAAGUUCAAGUAGCAUAUCCCUCCGCCAUACUAAGCGACAUUCGUACGGUGGCGAUAUGCGCUGGGUUAGGAGGAUCUAUGCUUGUUGGACGCGAUGCGGAUGUUUAUUUCACUGGGGAGAUGUCGCAUCAUGAAGUCUUCACAUUAGUCUCUGCUGGGAAGCAUGUCAUUUUGUGUGAAUGA